AUGUAUCACAGCGGCAUUGGCGGCGGUGGCUUCAUGCUCCUGCGGAACAAUAAUGGGACCUAUGAAUUCGUUGACUUCAGAGAAACUGCACCCAAAACAGCCUACACAGACAUGUACGAAGGCAAUCUCAACGGUAGCGUAUACGGCGGUCUUGCCAGUGGAGUUCCUGCUGCCAGCAUCGCCCGUUGUGGCUUUGUUGUGACGGAAGACUUAAUCCAGGCCAUGAAUCGCGUGUCGCCGAACAACUUCCUAACUGACGACCCAACCUGGGCCAUUGACUUUGCUCCCCACGGAUACCGAGUUAGGUUAGGGGAGACUAUAACGCGGAAAUGA